AUGUCUACUCCAGUUAACACCUCUUUGAUCAGCCUCAAGGAAAUCACUGCCAAGAUCAUGGCCAUCAUCACUGGCGCUUGGCAGCUUCCUCCGGGCCACAGCCACUUUUCUCUGACAACCCAGGUCGGUACACUUGUGGCUGAUGCAGUCCGGCACUAUGGGAGUGGUCUCUACCUUCCAGGUCUCGUGUGUUCAUGCUCGAGGGAGUUAAUUCGAGUUCAGGGCAUGACUCCUCAGGUCUGGCCCAACUGGCACAGCAUCAGCAAGGUUCUUGCCUGGGAGGAGUUAGGUGAUCACACCUUAAAUCUCCUGGUUGUGGCCGGUCCUUCAAUAGGUCCAAUUCCUGUGGAUCUUCCACCCUCGCCUGUCAUCGCUGGGCCUUCUACCAACCCUGCCUCCGAGUCUCAGGAGAAGGGAAAAGGUAAGGCAGUUGUCCCAGACCCAGAACUGGAAGUGGAAGGGAGUCAGAAGAGGAAGUUUCCCAUGAUUCCGGCACUUCCCUCCCAACCCCUGAAGUCCGCUAUGAAGACUUGGAAGCAGGCAAAGACAGCUGGCCUUGGCAAGUACAAGGUGUUUGUUGAGUCAGAAGAUGAGGAGGACUCAGUCACUCAGCUGAUUUCACAUGGAGUGCUGGAGGUCGUCCUCCCCCGGCUCUCCCCAGAUGUUGCAAGGACAUCCGGAUCACCUCAGUCACCCUGGAGCCCAAAGAAGAAACCCUUUGGGCCUGCUACAGCAAUUGCUGGCAAAUGUCCAGAGAGGCGCCCCCAGUCAUCAAUGCAGGUGAUAUACUCAUUCCUGGACCCAACAACCCUUGCCAGGCUUGCCACAAGAUGGAAUGGCCCUGUGCAACUCGGUUUGACAAGAGGACCGGCGCCCUGUGCAUGUCCUGUGUCUACUGCACCACCAAGAAGAUCAAGUGCAUCUCCGAGGACCAGAUCCAGGACCCCUUCCAAAGCUCCCUCCAAAGCUCCGGCCACCUCGCAAUCCACUGGCUGGACGCAGAGUCAAUCUUGGGUCUCUUCCAUUACUCCUGGUCCAUCUCAUGCCCAAACACCAAAGGCACAAACAUGGGGUCACAGCAAGACUGUCACUGCUGCCAAGGAACCUACACCUGCACCAGCUUCAGUCCCAUCUUCGACUUCCGUAGUUCCUUGUUCAGCACUCAAUGUGCCAAUGCCAGAUUUGCAUGCCAUGGCAAUGGCGAUUCGGGAGGGUGCAGCUCAAAUCACCGCUCUUGAGGAGCAUCUUGUUGAGCAGGAUGCUAAGAUUGACACCCUGCAAUGCCUUCAUGAAGGCCUUCAAUGUGAAAUCAUCCUCUGGCACCCAACAUUUCCACUUCCAGAUGCCCAAGGUGAUGCAACAUCAUUUUUGCUUGAUCAACCUGUCCCUCCGGCCAUGUCAACCCCUGCAUCUGCACUUCCUCCUCUCAUUGACCUGUCUAUGAAAGGGAUGGAGCCCAACCCCCCCAACCUCCAGGAUGAGUCUGCCAUCAAUGGACUCAUAUUUGAGCUCAACCAAAUCCAUCCUGAGGUUUCACAGAUGCUCAGCAAAAUUGUGAAACUGGAUGAUCUGGGAAAUCUUUUCCCAGAGUAUGGUUCAGUUGAAGAUAUGGAUGUUCAAGUGAAGGGUGAACCUUCUGGUGAGGAUGUUGACAUGACUACAUAA